AUGCCUUUGGUGGUCUACAAAAGGGCGAACCGUACCCACGCCAACCUCCCCAUCACUCUAACAACCACCAUCGCCCUCAUCUUUGCCCUACUCUACCUGCAAGUCCUCUAUGCCAUAUCCUACUUCGCCCGUCCAUUUUGGUCUUCAUCCCGAGAAUUUCCACCUUAUAGGCAUAAUAUCGAAGCCUGGGAGAAACGAAUCAUUGACCUCAUCCUCACUAUCGUCCCUUUCUCGAAUUACCGUUCACCAAACCCAUCAAGCGUCCUCCAUCCAGAUGGAUUAGGCCAUAGAGCCCAAGUCACUUCCUAUGCAUCCAGCACCCAUGUGGCCAUCGAUGGUUUUCCAGGAGUGCCUCAGAAAGCAGUUGCCGCAGCAUACACAUCUGGGCCCCCAAUGCCACAGUGCUACCCAGAGACAGCGAUUGAGCGCAUGACACCAACACAGGCGCAUGCGCACCGAAGUGAUCUCAAGCUCGGGAACGCCAGUACAACCGGCUCAGUUAUAACGAAGCCCAGCGCUGUGAUAGACCGAUACGGCAAAAAUGGGAUCUCAACCUACGACAGCGUCAAAGUGACACCGGCAAAAUCACCGCCAGAUGGCCGUGUGCGGAUCUCUGGAAUCUCAGACCUAAGCCAAACACCUUUACUUGCCUCGCAUGGUCAUACGAACUCCCAUUCUUCUCAGCCUCAGGCUCAGUCCCUGGCUACACGAUCUACUCAAUCUCUGCAUCGACAUCAUCAUCAUCACCAUGAUCCAGAGCAGAACAAUCAUGCGGCGCAAAGUAUCGAGGAACGAGAUGAGGAGAAUGAUCCCUCGUUCAAGCCUCUUCAUCAGGUUCAUAAUCUGAAUGCUUUCUUCCGACCCUCGUAUACAGCUUCUCUAUCCUAUCUUCCGAGUACGCCUCGGCCAAGUCAGAAAUCCCCGGUUAAUUCGUUGGAUGGUCCGCAUGACCUUGGGUCUGCGGUGCAGUCUAUUAUGACGGCGAAGUCGGAUCUGGAUAAUGACAAUGAAUCGGGUACGAGCUCUGGGGACGGAGAUGGAAAAGAGGAUGGAUUGAAAAUGAAGCGUGCGACGAAAUGUCAUUCUACCGAGAGUUAUCCUGGUAAGUUUCCUGUUAGUGAGGGUAUGGAGUUUAGUUCCCUUGCUACAGCUGAGUAUGCGUUUCGGGAGAGGGGGACUGUUACUGUGAGACCUUUUUCCGAUUAUUAG